CAAUGAAAUACGGCCAUGGGUGACAUUUUCCAACGGACCGUCACCAAAGCCCAACAACGUAGAAAGCAUUAGCGAGGCCAGGAUAAGUCGCUCUACGGCUAUGGCGCAAUUAAACCUGGUUGAUUUAGAAGAGGGACGAAGUGGGGUGAGGCUCUAGCAGGCAAUCGAUUUCGCAAACCCGUUCGUUGCUUGGAAAUCCUAAAGUACUAUGCAAUCCUACUUGUAAUGCUACUUUACCCCAUUCCCCCAAGCAUUGCUCAAGCUUUCUCUCACAAGCAAUCACCUUUAACAAAAACAGCUUACAGGCGGAACAAAUCAUGCCUUCCACGAUGAAGGAGGCCAUCAUCCUUAAGGGACCAGACGUCAAGAUUGUGGACUCGCCCAUUCCGAAGGCCGGCAAAGAUCAGAUCGUGGUGAAAGUUGUCGUGUCUGGUAGCAAUCCGAAAGACUGGAAAGUACCAUACAUGAACAUUGAAGUCAAUCAGGGUGAUGAUCCCGCCGGUUACGUUCACGAGGUUGGUGAGGGUGUCACUGGAUUUAAGAAAGGUGAUCGUGUGUCUGGUUUCCAUGAGAUGCUGAAACCCGGGGGCUCGUACGCGGAAUAUGCGGUACUAUGGGAGCACACCACCUUUCAUAUUCCAGACAGUAUCUCUUUCGAGGAGGCCGCUACCGUCCCGCUCGCAGCAGUGACUGCAGCUGUUGGCUUGUAUCGUGAACUGAAACUUCCGGAGCCAUGGCUACCAAAUGAAGACUCAGUUAAGAUGCCACUUCUCAUUUGGGGAGCCAGCAGCGCAGUUGGUGCUUUCACAUUGCAGUUGGCAAAGAAGAGCAAUAUUCACCCAUUGAUCACGAUUGCUGGCAAAGGUCAGGACUUCGUCAAACAGUACCUUGACCCAUCAAAGGGUGAUGUCGUGAUCGACUACCGGCAAGGCAACGAUGCUGUAGUCAAGGCUGUCCGGGAAGCAUUGAAGGGGGAGAAGCUGUACUAUGCCUACGAUGCUGUCAGCGAUCACGGGAGCUAUGAGACAAUCUUCAAGGUUUUAGAAAACCAAGGUGGCAAGAUCACCGUGGUGUUACCAGGCAAGAAGUACGAGGGCGUGCCAAAUGGUGUCGAGCUUCUGGUCACCAGCUGCGGAAAGGUGUUCGGCGAGCAGAAGGAUAAGGAUUUCGGAUUUGUAUACUCCAAGUAUUUUGCAAAGGGACUAAAGGAGGGCUGGUUGAAGCCGCAUCCUACGGAGGUCAUUCCCGGCGGUUUGGGUGGCGUUAAGCAAGGUCUACAGAAUCUCAAAGACGGGAAGGCAAGCGCAGUGAAGUAUGUUUUUAGGAUUGAGGAUACCGAAGGUGUGCAGAAGUCCAACCUUUGAGUGGCCUUUGACUGCAUUCAACCAACUUCCGUGAAAUACAAUUCAAGCGCGUAUUCGCUGGGUCUAAAUGCUG